AUAGGACGUUCAGGGAACGUUUGGACGUUAUCUGGACGUCCAUAGGACGUCCCGAACGUCCAGUACCGGACGUCUUAUAGACGUACAUAAGACGUCCUUGUGCUAUCUGGGUAUCUUCUUUAAUAAAGAAAAAAUUAAAUAAAAUUUUAAAUCUUCUCAUAUUAGAUGCCUGCAGUGAAGGUUUAACAAAAAUGCUUGUCAGAGUAUUAAUACUAAUUACUGCAAUUAUCUCAGCAAAUGGGUUUCCCUCGCCGAAUCCAGCUGAAUAUGAUCAAAUAGUGCUUCAAAAUCCUAUGCAACAAGAAUUCGAUCAGCAAUUGGUAUUUCAAAAUCCUACGCAAGAAGAGUUCAUUCAACAAUCAACCAAUGAAGAUUAUUUUGAUUUUGAUAAUACGAAAUCGACGUCAUUUUCGGAACAAACUGGAGACUUCACUAUCUCCUGUAUAGGAGAAAAUCGAAUCUGUACUAAGAAGAAUAAUUGUGCGAAUGGUUACAUUCUUAUCACAGAAGAUAUUCCUCUUCCAUCGAGCAAGGAAUGCAGAAUUCGAGACGAAGUUUGCUGCACGGUAGUGCAAGAAUUUCGAGAGACAUCGCCAAAAAUCGAACCAUUCGUAUCAGAUUUGGGAAGCAAUAGCGAUAACAAAGGCUUUAAACUGAAACGACCACUCACAAUAAACGAUCAAAUUCCAGAAAACUUUGCCAGCAGAUCAGCGAAUUCAGGAACUCAAGAAAUUGUUGGGCAAAAUCCUGGUCAAACUCCUACAAACUUUCUUGCAAACGCAACCCACGUACAGUUUGGUUGCGCGGCAGCUCUCCUUUGUGUCGAAGAACAAUAUUGCACCGCAGGUGGUACAAUCAGUACAGAGCCUGUCUCUCUGGAAAAGACAACAAUUCAACAACGCGUACCUCUAAGUUCUUGCAAAAAUCCUGACAAUGGAAUAAUCGGCAAGUGUUGUCGAGAUCCAAAUUACGUAGAUCCUUGGCCAACAGAAAAUCUUCCUAAAAAUUAUUCUGGUGGAUUCGAUGAACAAGGUUUUCCAACGUUUUUGAACAUUGCAAAAGUAAGGCCACCUAAACAACCUGUACAACCAAUUAACACUGUCAAAUCAGGUCUCACUGUCAGACCUGGUUUGGAAUCGUACAAUUCUGUACCAGCUGAAGAAAAAGUGGAACCUGCAUUAGUACCAGAUAACUCGGUUAUUUCUGUAGAAGUUUUAGUUCCUCCAAUUGAAACCGUUUCGGAGCAAAAGAAUGAUGUGAAGGUGGGAGGAUUGAACAUGGAAUGUGGCGUUAGAAAUACAAAGCCAGGAAUAAGAAAGUCACAGACUGUUUUCGCUGAAAUUCCAUGGCAAGCAAUGGUUUUGCAUUCGAAAGAAAAGAAAAUUCUCUGCUCUGGUGCUCUUAUCAGCACACAAGACAUACUAACAGCGGCCAAUUGCAUCGACAGCCUGGGGCCAAACGAUAUUUCAAUUAAAUUAGGCGAAUGGAAAUUAGGCUAUGAGUUGAAACACGAGGAACCCCUUCCUUAUGAAAUCCUCAAUGUGUCGUCUAUCAGAACGCAUUCUGGUUACGCAAGGGGAUACACAGAUCACGAUCUUGCGAUUUUACAUCUAAAAAAUCCUGCGACUAUCGAUCUACACGUAAAUCCUCUGUGUUUACCUACAACAAAGCAGCUGCAAAUGAAUAAGUGUAUUGCUACCGGUUGGGGAAAAUCGAUACUUCAAGCGCAUUAUGCUGGAGCAAUUAUGCAUGCAGUGGAUUUGGAUAUACUUUCAACAGAACAAUGCCAAGAACAAUUAAUAAGUGGAGACCUAAUUCCAAGUAUAGCAAAUGGAAUUAUUUGUGGUACACCUAGAGAAAACAUUAAUAAUGUCUGUGAGGCAGAUGUUGGCGGACCUCUUGCAUGCAAAAAUAGACAUGGACUGUAUGAGUUAGCUGGAAUUUACAGUCAGGACACAGGAUGUCUACCAACAAAUCAAAUUGCAAUUUUUGCACCAUUAGAUGACGAAUGGUUGAAAGAAACCAUGGCAAGCUCAAUACAUGAACAAAGUCUUUCAACAUUAAUAGAAAAUAGUGGAACAAAUAAGGGAUACGAAGAGUUGCCAUUCGAGAAUGGCCAUAGGAAAAGCACUCUAUCUACAGAUAAUGAAUAUCUUCCUCCAAAUUGAGGAUCCAUCAUUUAAUAUAUUUUCGUUGUUUAUUUAUUAUAAUUUGUUUAUUAAUGAAACAAUUAAGAGGAUUACUUCUUAACACGAUUCUGUAGUAGAAUCUUGUACCCCAUUAUAGGAUUGAAAAUACUACUAAUGUAAAAUGGGAAUAGGUUCCAGAGAAUAUUAAAAAAAAAAAACUUUUUCACUUGUAACAAACGAAGAAAUAAUAUUGAAUAGUAAUAAAAAGAAAAAAAAGAAAAUGGAAGAAAAAUA